AUGAUGGCGCUCUUCGGAACUGGAGCCAUCUUGAUGAGAGGGGCUGGCUGCGUGGUGAACGAUUUGUGGGACAAGGAUUUUGAUAAAAAGGUGAGGGAUUUUGUUUAUUUUUUAUAUAAUUUUAGGUAGAAAGGACCAAGUCAAGGCCGUUGGCGAAUGGUGAUCUAACUCCCAAAGAAGCUGUUGGACUUUUAGCUGUCCUCCUUUCAUCUUCUCUUGGCAUUCUUCUGCAAAUGAAUUGGACCACCGUCGGGCUUGGAGCAUCGUCAUUGGUGCUGGUUUUUAGUUACCCUUUCUUCAAACGAAUAACCAACUGGCCGCAGGCCGUAUUGGGUCUCACCUUCAAUUAUGGAGCUCUGAUGGGAUUCACAGCUGUUACUGGCCACUUUUGCCCGAUCAUUUUGCCAUUAUACUUUGCUGGCUGGUGCUGGACGAUGGUUUAUGAUACGAUUUAUGCUCAUCAGGUAGUGUAAUAUUAUUUUUGUUUUUUUUUGAUUUCUAGGAAGCUUGAUUGGAUGGAGUUGAUAAAACAGGAUCUUUAUGACCUUGUUAAGCUCAUGAUUUACUGAUGUCGCUUUCAGGACAAAUCUGACGACGCUCUGAUCGGAGUGAAGUCAACUGCCCUAUUAUUCGGCGAAAAUACCAAAAAAUAUCUUACCGCGUUUUCCACCGGAAUGUUCGCAAAUUUGCUGGCCCUCGGAGUAAUAACCGACCAGACGUGGCCAUACUACCUUGGAAUUUCGGCAAUUGGCGGUCAUCUUGGCCAUCAAAUAUACACCUUGGACAUUGGCAAUGGGGAGGAUUGUUGGAACAAAUUCAGAUCGAAUUUCUGGAUUGGAGCGGUUCUUUUUGUCUCCAUUGUGGGGUCUAAUAUGAUUAAAGAGCAGAAGGAAAAAGAUCCGGUCAAAGAGAGUGAUGAGGAAUGUGUUUAG